CCCCCACCUCGCGGCCUUAUUCCGAUGCCGAUGGUUUCUUCGUCUGCUUCCCCUCUUCUCCUCUCCCUCCCCUCUCCAAACCGUGAGCCGAUCCAAAGGACUCCAUCCUCCCUAUCCGCCGCAGCCACGGUAGCGCAUACCGACCGCAAACCCGGCCUUCCCUCCGAUGACAAUGGCCCGCAUCGCGACAACCCCGCUUCGGCUUCAUCUCCAAAGCCAUCAGGGAAGAUGCUGAUCGUGGCUGACGAACGGCGCUAUGUGAGGUACCUGGAAGGCAUCACGGCCCCGUUUCGUGGCAAGAACCAACUCCAUGCUGCAGUGGUGGAGCUGUGGUGUCACGAGGUGGCCGAGAUCAUCCACGGUGCACAAUCGUUAUGCUGGGGAUGAGGAGGGCAAGGGCAGGAUCUACAAUUUUAUCGCAAAGACGGUGAUUUUCCAAGGCAAAAGGUGGAACAUUUCAUGGACACGGGUGGAACUGGGUCGCGACAACAUGGAUAUACCCCAGUGUGAUUCUGAGGGGAGACGACUCCGUGAGUUUUACUCGGUGACGCUGAAGAAAGAUCUUCAGCAAGCGGACACCAGAACAAAGGAAUGCGUACCGGGGGGCUUGUCGAGGUCCGGCCUGAUGCAGACGCAUCCCUACAUGGAGGAGCAGUAAAGAUGUGAGAUCCUCAAGUUGCUUACCGAUGAUGAUUUAACUAAUCGCAUGCUACUGUCGAGACAUGCAGUUUCUCUUGUAUCGCAUCUUGUUGAAUUGGUAAGAAGGAUGAGCUUCUUAAUGGAGGUACCUAUUGGCUUCUAAAGGGAGCAGAGAAUACCAUAGAGCAGAUCAUUCUACAAAAGUAGUAGGUGACUCAUUUUAAUCCAACCGUGAUGUAUUUGAGCUUAAACCAUGAGUCCCAACAGCAGUUAAGCUAUUUGUAAACAGAGAUAUCUGCCCAAGUUUAUACUAUGGUUUUAUCUCCUGA